CUCGACACCCUCUCUAGCAUGCGUCCUUCGGCUUCUGUGCACUCGGGCAUGCCCACGGGCAAGACCUGGAUGGGCUGGUGGGGCGACCUCGGCGGCCCCAAGCAGGUCGGCAUCUCGUCGUACGUCGUCUCGCCGUACCGCCAGGCGCCGAUGCGCGGCGCCGUCCAGCACUGGGUCACCCGUGGCUACAAGCGCCUCGCCCAGCAGGCCAUGUACUUUGCCAUCCCGAUCGGUGCCGGCUACGCCCUCAUCUCCUGGUCGAUCGACAACAACCACCUGCGCAACACCAAGAAGGGCCAGUCGCAGGGCCUCUUCCCCUGAGCGCUCCCUCUCCUCCCCUGUUCUGUUCUGUGCUUCUCCCUGGGUGGACGAUGAGCGAGUCGGCGGUGGCGAGUGAGCUGUAGACCGGAGGACAGGCGUCGUCGCUGGAAAAGACGGUCGCGUUCUUCUCUGUC